AUUGUACGUAAACAGACCAGAAUGACACUGUACAUGCCCUUGUUCAGAGCCUGUUCAACCUCAAGAGCACUCACCCAACUCCAUGCUCACCUCAUCAUCACUGGUCUCCACAAAGACCCACUUGCUUCAACCAAACUUAUAGAGUCAUAUGCCCAAAUGGGUCCCCUUGAAUCUUCCAAACUUGUCUUUGAUACCUUCCCAAAACCUGAUUCUUUCAUGUGGGGUGUACUGAUCAAGUGCUAUGUAUGGAAUGGUUUCUUUGAAGAAGCCAUUUCACUGUACCAUCACAUGUUGAUCAAAGUAACUCAAAUAACUAGUUUUGUAUUCCCGUCCAUUUUAAGAGCUUGUUCUGGAAUUUGUGAUCUGGGUAUUGGGCAAAAGGUCCAUGCAAGGAUCAUCAAAUGUGGGUUUGAGUCUGAUCCUGUUCUUGAGACUUCAUUGCUGAAUAUGUAUGGUGAGAAAGCAUGCCUACGUGAUGCUCGCAAACUAUUUGAUGAAAUGUCGAUUAGAGACGUUGUUUCGUGGAGUUCAGUCAUAUUGAGUUAUGUUCAGAAUGGACAGGCGAGGCAAGGGUUGGAAUUAUUUCGCGAAAUGGUUAUGGAAGUUCUUGAAAUUGAUUCAGUAACGAUGCUAAGCGUAGCUGAGGCCUGUGCUGAAUUGGGCUUUCAGAGACUAGCAAAGUCGGUCCAUGGUUAUUUAGUGAGAAGACAGAUUGAAAGUGAUGAUGAGUCCUUGGAUAGUUCUCUCAUUGCCAUGUAUGGUAAGUGUGGUGACUUGUGUAGUGCAGAGGAGCUAUUUGAUAAUGUUGUUUAUCAGGGUACUUCUUCGUGGACAGCAAUGAUUACAUGCUAUAAUCAAAAUAGGUGCCACCAAGAAGCAUUAGACAUUUUUGUUGAGAUGCAAGAUUCUAAAGCGGAGCCAAAUGCAGUUACCAUGAUGGGUGUUCUAUGUUCUUGUGCUAGGUUAGGUUGGCUUAAAGAAGGGAAGUCGGUUCAUGGUUUUGUUAUUAGAAAAUCUGUUGACCCUGAGAAUAAUCUUUUGGGCCCAGCAUUAAUAGAUUUGUAUGCAAAUUGUGGAAAUCUAAGAGAUUGCCUCAAGAUUUUUGAUACAACUCGAGAUAAACAAGUGGUAUCAUGGAAUAUGCUCAUAUCGGGUUAUACACAAGAAGGUAUGUCGGAGGAAGCUUUGAUGCUCCUUGUACAAAUGCAAUUACAAGGAAUAGUUCCAGACUCAUUUACUCUGGCAAGUGUUCUCUCAGCUUGUGGAGAUAUCUGUUUUUAUCAACUUGGAAGUCAGAUACAUGGUUAUGUUAUCAAAACAGGUUCUCUGAAUGAGUUUGUUCAGACUUCCCUUAUUGACAUGUACAGUAAAUGUGGGUACGUGGAUCUAGCAUACAUGAUAUUUGAAGAUGCCCAACAGAGGAGUGUUGUAACAUGGAAUUCUAUGAUGUGUGGAUUUUCUCAAAAUUGUAACUUUGUAGAAGCUGUCAGCCUUUUUGAUCAGAUGUUCUCGAAUUUUCUUGAAAUGGAUGAAGUGACCUUCUUAAGUGUAAUUCAAGCUUGCUCAAAUUUAGGAUAUUUGGAGAAGGGAAAAUGGGUUCACCAUAAGCUCAUCACCCAUGGUGUAGGGAGGGAUAUUUAUAUUGAUACAGCUCUAAUUGACCUGUAUGCUAAAAGUGGAGACCUUCGGAUGGCAUGGAGAGUUUUUGAUAUCAUGUUAGAGAGGAGUGUGGUGUCAUGGAGUGUCAUGAUAGGUGCUUAUGGAAUGCAUGGUCGAAUUGAUGCUGCUAUCUUACUCUUCAAUAAAAUGGUAGAAUCAGGGAUACACCCAACCGAUGUUACCUUCAUGAACAUUCUAUCAGCCUGCAGUCAUGCAGGAUAUGUGGAUGAAGGGAAAUCUUACUUUAACUCAAUGUUGAAGGAUUUUGGCAUUGAGCCCACAUCAGAGCAUUUUGCUUGUCUAGUUGAUCUUUUGAGCCGAGCUGGUGAUCUAAGUGGAGCAUAUAGAAUCAUCAAUUCAAUGCCAUGGCCUGUAGAUGCUAGCAUUUGGGGUUCUUUGCUGAAUGGGUGCAGAAUCCACCGGAGGAUGGACAUGAUUAAAAGCAUUCAACAAAACCUUGUAAACAUGGAAAUUGAAGACACCGGAUAUCAUACUCUAUUAUCCAACAUAUUUGCAGAAGGCGGAGACUGGGAUGAAUUUAAGGUAGUGAGAUCGAAGAUGAAAAGUACAAGUCUAAGAAAGGUCCUUGGCUAUAGUAUGAUUGAAAUUAAUAAAAGGGUUCAUAGAUUUGGAGCAAAUGACAAAUCUCAUUCACGUAAGGAAAUUUGCAGUUAAAGUACAAAAAAUUGGAAUUUUGGCUCAGAAACAGGUCGUAAUGUAGAAUAUUAUGGUAUAAUAGCAAUUUGUUCAGACAAGAGUUGAGUCGCAGAGAGAAGCUGAUUGGACUGGAACUACCAAUACGAAUCCCAUGAAUACAAAACAAGCAUUCAGAUUGGUAUGAAUGGCUAUCCAUCUUUAAACUGUCCAAGAUCACAGCAGGAUAUGUCUGAAUCAAUUUAGAAAUGUUAUGAAUGGGAAUCAUUCUUGUAGAGAUUAAUGUUAAUGUACAGUUUAGUUUACACCAGAAGAGGAGUUGAAGACAGAAAAAUUGAAGGCUUUUGUAC